UCAUUAAAACUCGCAAUGGACGGGCUGACGGUGGUACGGUCGCCGUCGAUGAUCCAACGGGGGCAGCCUCUCUUAGCCCCAGAAGUCGGUCAAGUGAAGAAAAACCGAAAGUUCGGCGAGAUGGCCGGCGAGACGGCGGCGGAGUGCGCGGCGGUGUGGUGUUGCUGCCCAUGCGCGGUGAUGAAUCUGGUGGUGUUGGCGGUGUACAAGGUGCCGGCCGGACUGUGCAGGAAGGCGUGGAGUGUGCAGAGGAGACGACAGCGUAUUGCGAGGAGAAAACAGGUGGGUGGGCUUUUGAUCGGGCCAAAUGUGGGGUCAUUGUUGGAUCAUGGGACCCAAAUGGAAGAAUUAUUAGAGACCACGAAUACGGAGGAGAAUGUGAGCAUUCUUGAAUUGGAGAAGGAGAUGUGGGAUCAGUUUCAUGGAGCUGGAUUUUGGAGGAGUCCUUCUCAGAAAGAUGUAGAGAUUCACCCUCACGCUCAUUAAAAAUAAAAAAAAUAAUAAUAACAUGGUAAUUGUACGAAUUGCUUAUUCAUUGGAUUUGGGUUAGAAUCAUAUUUUUU